CGCGGAGCCAGCCACUUGCUAAACCUAAAAUCAAAGGAGCACUCAAAUUGAAGAUUUGAUUUGGUACACAAAGGAGUGAUUCAAAGAAUACAAAGCGUCUAAGAAUAAAUUUCUUUUGAAUUAGCACGAAGAUGCGCUCCUCAUCGUCCUCUCUACCUCCGAUGAUGGGGAGUCAAGCAGUCCACUUAACGGAUUUUUCAGCUGAAAGUUCCAAACCGCCAAGACCAUUAGCAUCUAGUCUGAAGACUCAUCGCGCUUGCUACAACUCAGCUGGAGGAGGUGGAUCGUUCUUCGGAAGUAAGCAUCAUAGACAAGGAAAUCAGUACAGCUUUAUUUUAAGGAUAAGACUUAUAAGUUCGAGGUUCCUGUUGCCGUUUGUUUUGCCACUGUCUGCUGAGGAACGAGAAAAGCAUAAGAACAAACGGGAAACAGAAACACCAAAACCGUUCUAAUUAUUGUGGAAGAUUCUUCCUUGUACUCGAGUUUAGAUCGCGGCGCGCAUGAGAUGAGCAGAUUUAUUGAGAACAGUGAUGCUUUUGACCCAUUGAAGUGGUGCAAUAAAGCGGGCAUCUGCGAGGGAUUCAGGUAUCACAAAAUCCUAGCUCCAGUGGCGUUCGCUUGGUGUUUUUUCCAGCUAUUAGCGUUGCUUGCACAGUCGCACUUCGUAUCCGAAGUUGGCUCGCAUGCAGAACGCUAUCAGCGGACGGUGGCGGCUAAUUUUAUGCGUAGUUUGGUGGCCAAUUUUUUGUUUUUUAGCUUUUCAUCCGUUUUUUGAUUUGGUAUAGUACCAGCAUUAUCAUGCGAACGUAGCAUAGAGAGCGACUGAGGCAUGAUCACUAGCAAUCUCAUGCGAGUAGAGCAUAGAUUUAGUGACUUAGGCAUCUCAAUCGCUUCUGCGAAGGUAUUCCCGCUAAUAGCUGCGGUCCAGAGCAUGUCGUGAACGGCGUUUGCCUGGGUCCUAGUUGGGGCAUAGUAUACGACCAGAUAAUAUCUCUGAGUGGAAAAACGACUACGACAGGCGGCAAUGGAUGUUACGUCCUCUUAACUGUCUCGUUAAUACAGACCUCAUCCAUGUGGUCAUACUUCAUCUUUUCUGGCUCUUCAAUGGCCUGGAACGCUCACCGCCUCCUAGGUGAGCCCACUCCUAUCCUAUCUCAGAGUGUGCAAGAUUCCUUUAUAACUGUACAGUUUGUCAUUCUCAGAGUCGUCUGCAAGAUUCCAGGUCUACUCACAAUUACCGAAAACGAAAAAAUAUGGAGAUGAACGAAAGGUAACUCAUACUGUAGACUAAGAAAAUACGCAGAUGAGCGAAAGGAGGUAACUCAUGCAGGCGUACUUACGAUAGGAGAACGAGUACCUACUAUACCAGGUAAAGUAUUACCUGCUUCUCUUCUAACCAUUGCAGCCAGGAGAUAGUUUGGUGAUCAUGCCGGAUAAGGUUUUUUCGUUUUCGGUCUCCGCAGACGAUCGCAAACCGACUUUUCUUGUUGGCGUCGAGCCGCAAAGCCCUAACGCGGAUGCAAGAUACAAGUUGGAAGUGGUAACAUUUUUUUGGUUUUACCUAGACGUGGUCUACAUGUUGGAAGUGGUAUGUUACCUACACCUAUACGUCUGCAUGUUGCGUCGAGUUACUAAAAAUGGGAAGUCGUGGUACUUAACAUUUUUAGACGUAGACUGAGUUACUACAACAACAAAUGGGAAGUCGUGGUAAUAUUUUUAGACCUAGACAACUAUAUUUCCACCUACAAAGAAACUGGAAGUCGUGGUAAGAUACGAAUCCGGCUUGAAAAUACGCCAGCAACGAGGAGCAUCGAUGAUAUCUACUGCAUGUGUCAUAUCUACUGCAUCUGUCCCAAGCAAAUAUGUACCAACUCAGACUCAUCCCUCCGGUGCGCCUAUCUACUGGAUGCGAACGCCAAAGCUGAAUAUUGAACGGGUGUCUAAAGGUCUAGAAACUGGUGUUUUUGUAGCCAACGCAGGUCCUUGGGCAGGAGGCCGUGUACAGUUCCAAGGUCGACUGGAAUUGGUUCCGGUUCCCGAUGAAGCCCAGUCUAAUGAUAAGGCAUGAGCUUCUACUUCCUCGGAUUCUAAUGAUAAAGCUGUCCUCGCCAAGAAACAAGGAAGGUUGAUAUUCAAAUAGGUAGCAAGAAGAACUGGGAACAAGAUUCUAAUAUACCUCGUUCUUUGACAUUCACUCAGGCUUCUAAUAUGAGGGCUAGCAGCGAACAAGAAAGCAGACGUGACUCAUCGUCGAAUAAUCUCUUCCGUGUUUACGUUGUGGACAGUCAAAUCGCCCAUCUUGGAACGGUUCAUCGACAGCAGAAGUGCGAUUUUCCGAGUACGUGGGAGAAUUUUUCGAAUCGACUUAUGAUGGAUCCUCUCUUUCUACGUAUAAUAGAUGGCUAUGACUACACACCUCUCUUCCUCUUCUUCUUCUUCUUCUUCUUCUUCCUCCUAGAGAAGUCAGAAGAACUAGGAAGAGGACCGCUGGAGUGAGCAAUAAAGAGCUGUAGCACACGUACUACUUGUACAUGUAAACAUGGAUGGGGAAGGUGAUGUGUUGCAACACGAACAUGUAGUAGUUGUAGAUGCAGCACUAGAAGAAGAGAACCUGGCUGCUGUUACGCGUAAACUAUGUUGUGUUUUUGGCGUAGUCUGCUGUUACGCGUAGCCCUCUUUGUAUUCUGCAACCAUGUUCGUCCAUCUGCUAUUUUCGAUGGAUCGCAUACUAUGUUCCUAUUCUUCCUCCAGGAUCUUCAUGAUGACCAACAGUCGCAUAUAGCCUUCUUUGUAUUCGAGAAUGAAACAAAGGACGACGACGUGUGUUACAUCUACUCUAAUCACUGCGCAGAAAAUCUAUUUCAUUGUCAAAGAAAUGUAGGCUACAUCUCUAAUCACCGCGCAGAAAAUCUAUUCCAUUACUUGGAUGGCUUUUACUACCUGGUGCAGUUUUUUCUGGUGUCGCAGACGAUCAUGCUGCUACUGAUCAUGUGGAGGUUUCUACGCUUUGCUGAUGGCAGCCGACUCUUCACACGUCUAGCAGUGGGAAAGUUUUGUCUCCAGGAUUUCCCUCAGCAGUUCUUUUUUUAUGAACUGACUGUUUCCAACGUAGUACUGUAACUGUUUGGGGCAAAAGUAUAAGUAAGAGGGUAAGAUUAUAGAAGAACGGUCAUGAGUGUCGGUGGAUGUGUGUAUUGGGCUGGGGAGAUAAUCAAGAUAUACUAGCUGUAUCAUAGUCUACCGCUUGUUUAGCUGAAGCUUCAUCUGCAGUGGGGAAGUUUCUUCUCCAGAAUUUCCCACAGCAGUAUGCUCUUUAUGGCUCUUUGUCAAAAAUACGUACUUAUCGGUAGAAUUCCCCUCCUACCUCCCUCGUGUUCGUUUUGCUCUCCUUCUAACGAAAAGGACUCUAUUUCCACGCUUGGUAUGCGGAGAACGGGAUGCGUUGUCAAUUGUGCCUCUUCGAACCGGAACAUUGCGAAUUAGAAAACGAAUUUCCUCUUAGCUGGCAGAACGCGUUGCUCCUCGUUUCACUCGUCGUCAGUGCGUUAUCAUUAAGACUACAAGAAAUGCAUCUUCCCAAGCAUAUUGAUUAUUCCGUUUCUCAAGGGGAAACGGACACCAAGAUGCUCUGUCUUGCAGAUGGAUUUAUGUUUGUUCUAAUAUCAACGCAGUUUCUGGUGAACCCGAGUGAGAACAAGACCGUUCUACAGCUGUAUGAUGGCUUGACGUUGUCCGAGGAUGAGCAGAUCUUUACGUUUUUCGCCCGAACGUUACUCUUUGCCCUCUCCGUUCUACCACUCAGCACUUUCUACUUAUGAUGGGAUAGAAACAUACUUAUAAAUAUAUACUCGUAAUUCUCAAGCAGAGUAAGUGGUUGCGUCAUUCAGUCAAUGUCUUUCCCUAGUACACCCUACCAUGUUGGUUCCCUGCCUACAAUACAUCACGUACCAUUAGUUGUACUGUUCUCUCUUCUACUCUGAGAAGGAAGCUACCCCUAUUGCGUGAUCGGAGUCCCUACCCUCCUCUAAUCAAGGUUAUCUGCGCGCGAUCGAUCAUGCACAUGCAGCACUACUUCUUUCUUGGGCUCAGCGUGACAGUGCUCUGCGUAUGCGGAUGGUUGACCGCAGUCUUAGUACCCCUGUGCAUCUGCUGCGAUGACGACGAGCAAUAGCCAUUUUGUGAUAGAUGAGACGUCAAGGGCAGUUAGCCAGAGCCCUGCGGGCACACGGCGUUGAGGCCCUUUUAGUACUAAGUAGUUAGAUCAUCUCGUGCUGCUGACAAGAUUUCUAGCACCAUUGACAAUAUGAUGAAUACUUGAAAAGAAAAAUCCAGUCGUCGAUAUCCAUACUUCAUGUAAGAUGUUGUUGUAACGUGUCGUUGUACUGAUAGCCACGACGGCUGCUCCAUGGUGCAUAAGAAAACACAAAACGAGUCUGCAAUAUUCACAGGAAAAGGUUUUUACUGCCCAUAGUACUACACCACAUUUUUACUCAUUGUCAUUCUGUUGUUUGCGAAUUGCAACUCCACGUUAGUAUAUGCACGACCACGCUAUACGCAUGCCAUGCCAGAAUUACAAGACGGACCCUACAAAUACAGUACAUACGAAGAUGAAUGUCCUCUUUCGAACAGC